GCAAUCUAGUAUUUCCAUUGGAGGGCCUGUUUGAGGUCAGCGCCCAGGGCUCUAUCUACAUCCCUGGGAGUUCGAGGAGAGGAGAUGAAGUAUUUUGAGCUGGUGACAACAAAAAACGUGGUAUCUGCGGCAACAGGAGCUGGAGCUAUCUUCCUCAUGGCCAAGACCAUCAUGGCAGGGAUCAAGAGCCCUCCCUACAACCCAGAGCCACUUACCUUAGCCAGUGAGUUAUGUAAUGCUCCCAGCAUGGCAGUUUUCACAGGCCCUGGUUUAACUCUCAACAACCAUCUGCCUAUCUAUCUAUCUAUCACAUUUAUAUCCCAGCUCUUCUUGGAGUUCCAAGUAGCAUACAUGAUUCUCUCCCCCGUCCAUCCCAUUUUUAACCCCUACAACAACCCUAUGAGGUAGGUUAGGAUGAGAGGCAGUGACUGGCCCAAAUUCACCCAGUGAGCUUCAUGGCUGAGUAGGGAUUCAAAUUCUGGUUUCCCAGGUCCUAGUCCAAUGCUCUAACCACACCACCACACUGGCUCUCCAAGCAAACAGUAUGGAGGGAAUUGGUCUUUUGGAUAGGCUCCUGCUGAAUAUGUGAGAACGGUAUAGACAUUUGCUGAAACAAAUGCCAUAUGCACUAUUGCAUGGUGCCACAUUCUGCUAAUCAGCCAUAAAACAGGCUCUCAGAUAUCUACCAAUGGCCAGUGGAGUUCAGGCAGGAAGGCCACACCCAAGGCCUUUCCCCCAGCCAGACUGGGUAUAGUUUUUAAAAUUUAAAUCUCAUACAUGAUCUCUGAAAGUGUGCAACAAAGGAAUAUAUUUGCUCUUAAAUUUGCAUCUCUGAUUUAGAAAUACUUGUCGAGUUGCUUCUUUUGGGUCUGUGUUGUCUUCUAAUACCCACCUUGCAAGUGCCGGUUGUAGACGUCUUAGCUUUGUGCAUCUCUCUGGGCUGAAGCAAUCUGCUUAAUGAAAUGUGAACUGCCAUGAAUUAAAUAUCAGGCCCCUCUAACUGGCUGCACUCCUCGCAAUAGCAGCAUCCUCCUCCUGAGAAGGACAGCUCUGAGAGAGGACUUUGCUGAAAUAGGAGAUAGCAUAAACACAUGACCUUUGAAGAAGAAGACACACUGUCAGAAGCUGCCAUAUACUGAGAAUAUUUGGUCUAUUUAGCUCAGUGUUGUCCAUAAUGAUGGGCAGCGGCCUUCCAGCAUUUCAAACAUGGGUUUUCCUGACCCCUACCUGGACAUAUCAAGGGUUGAACCUGGGAUCUGCCUAACAGAAAAGCAGAUACUCUCCAACUGAGCUCUGAUGCUUCCCAUGUCGAAACACAUGUUAUUCCAUUUAGUACGACAUGCUCCAUUCAGCUCACCUAUCACUGCUCUUUUUGCCUCCUUGCCCCCCUCGGGACCUCUUGCCUUCCUUCCUUUCCUGUGUUUAGAACUCGCUAUAGAGCACCAGAGUCAAACUGUGCUGGACUCUGGAGAACUCAGGGGACUCCUGAACACCCUCAACCCAAAGCUAGAUGACUACUCCAAGAAUAUGCUACUCCAUGGCAUCACCCGGUGUGUUUAUCUACUGGACAAUGAGGUGAGACUCCAGAACUGCAUGAUGUAAAGUACAGUGGUGAAAGAGCAAGUCCAAGGAAAUCAAGUGUGGGUUGGCCAGCCAGGUUUCAUCCAAGUAACCAAGUUCAGGACGGAGGCAGUUUUAAGGUAGCACAACCAGUUGGGCUGCACUGGGCGCCAGGGUGCACCAUAGCAAUGCUGUAGAACGGAGUGGGAGAGGUGAGGGGGCACCAUAUUUUAGCAUCACACAUGGCACUGCUGAAAUUUGAGAGCCCAAAGUCCGCCACUGUUGGUGACCAAAGCUACACCUGAUAAUGGCAGCCUGUGCAUCUAAAAAUGGGUCUUUGAUUUAAGCUCUCCUCCUGUCCUCCACUGCCCCCUCCACUGGCAAUCCCUCCCAUCAGCCACUUAUCUCCCAGCAGGACUCUGAUACUGGAGUCUGGUUUAAAGCAAAAAGAGCUGUGUAAGAGAGAGGAUAGUGGAUUACAAGGGGAGAAAUGGUGAUCUGGGGAGAGUUUUACACCCACCCACCUAUUUUUCGACUGAUUGGGGCAAAGCCAUAUUUAAAGGUGGCAUAUUUUGGCCAACAGUCUUGCGUUCUGGCAAGUUGCUGCAAAGUGAGAGGCAAAUCCCUCAGAAGCAUGCACAUUUUUGGAGGACUCAGAAUGUAAAAGGGAAUGUAAAAGGGAUGUUUCAGUUGUUUCACCAACCCUAUGAAAUUCUCUGCCUCAAGAAAUUCACCUGGUUCUUUUGGCCACUACCUGGAAUUUUGGUGGGCCCUUGGAAUGAAUGUGGGUUAAUUUUGCUGGCUCGCUUCUUUUUUGUUUUGGUUCUUUUCCUUUCCUCCCCCCAUAUUUUCCUUUUCUUUUGUUAAUUUUAUCUGCCACUUGUUUACUUGCAUUUUGCUGUUUCUUGCCAUGGUCUUUUUAAUUAUGCCCCGUUAGCUGCCUUGAGCGGUUUUGGUCUGGAACUACAAAGGUGGAGUAUAAGUGCUAUGAAUGAUUGAAUGAAUGGUUUUGUCCAAGCAAGAUGAGCACCGCAACCCCAGAGUCAGUCACGACUGGACCUAAUGGUCAAGAGUCCCUUUACCUUUAUGAACCUGUCUGGAUCCUGAGACUAUCACGUGAGGCCCUUCUCUGUGUGCCCCCUCUGAGGACAGUUAAGAGGGUGGCAAUGAGAGAUGGGCCUUCUCCAUAGUAGCCCCCCACCCCACCCCAUAGAGCCUCUCCAAGAAGGCCUGCCUGGAACUAACCUUCUCAUUUUUCAGUAGCAAAUGUGCUUUUGUUUUCCUGAGUGUUAUUGAGUUAUUGUAUUGUUAAAUAUAUUUUCAAUUCAUAUGUGAUUUUAUGAGGGUAUUUUUUUACCUGGGAUGUAAAUUGCAUAGAACAGGCUUCCUCAGCCUCGGCCCUCCACAUGUUUUUGGCCUACAACUCCCAUGAUCCCUAGCUAGCAGGACCAGUGGUCAGGGGUGAUGAUAACUGUAGUCUCAAAACAUCUGGAGGGCCGAGGUUGAGGAAGCCUGGCUUAGAACUUUCUUUAGUGGGAAGCAACACAUAGAUGUAAUAAACCUAACCUAACAUCCCUUUGACUUUGCGUGCUCUGUUUUUCCAGGCUUCUGCCUGUACAUAUGAGGAUAUCAAACUGGUGGCCUCCUUCCUGGAUGAUCCAGACAUUGGCAUCAAGAUUCAGACUCUGCAUGCCCUCAAGGCCUUCACUGGCAUUUGGAAGUUUAGAAUUAGGAUUCAGGUGAUUGUUUGUACCCCACAGUGCUUUUCCGUAUCAGGCUACAUGCAGUGGAUCUCAACUUCAAGGAAGAGGCAUUUACGUAUCACCAGAGGGGACAAUUCAGUCACGGAAAGUAACCCACAGUGAUCAUAAAACACUAUGUUUUCUGCAGGAGUUUUUCCCCAAGGUUCUCGAAAUGGUCGCCAGCAUCUGGGACCACGACUUACAUGCUGCUGGACUGAGGCUGCUGAAUGGGCUCCCAUUGUCAGAUCACACAUUUCCACUGGUGAAGAAGCUUAUGCCGGCCUUCAUGGAAAUUCUGCAGAUGGGAAACACUUUGUGUCAGGUACCAAGGCUUAUCCCUUGUACCCAACUCCUAAAUCAGGGAUGGAAAACUCCUGAUGUUGUGGGACUCCCAACAGCCCCAGCCAACAUGGCCAAUCAUCAAGGGAUGAUGGAGGUUGUAGCUCAACAAACAUCUGGACGGCCACAGGUCCCUCUUCCCUGUCCUAAAUCCUGUGAGGGCAUUAAGUGGAAGCCAUAAAACAAGAGACACUUCACCUGUAAUGUUGAUAAACUUGCAACUGUCUUUUUCAGGUGCAGGUUCUAAAAUUCCUUGGCACGCUAGCCCAAAAGGAAGCUCUGUUAUUUGACAUCAUGAACUGCCAGGUGAGGAUUUCAGUCCUGUCUUUGUUGGGAAACCUGGGAGAGGAAGGAAGCAAAAGGUGCCAGAAGGCAGCAAUCCUAGACUUCCAUGUCUGCUGCAGCUUAAUGCAGUGGCAUUAACAGAGCAAAGUGCAUCGCCUUCCUGCUGCCUGGGAUGUCUUCCUAGUAGAACAGGGAUACAGUUAUUUUUAGCCUGAGGGCUGCCUUCCUUUCUGGGCAACCUUCUGAGAACCACAUACCAGCAGUGAGUGGGGUCGGAGGCAAAAAUGGGCAGAAUGUGGCUGGGGAGGGUGUGGCCCAGGAGGAAUUCAAAGGGCCAGAUAGAAAUAUCUGGAGGGUGGCAUUUGGUUUCCGCCUGAAGAAUCUGGAGUUAGUCAUCCAGACGGGUAGGACCUGCAGGCCCAAGCGUUGUCCUUUAAGACAAAAUCAACCUGGUCUGCUUCUUUUUAAAGGUCCAUCCAGAUUUCCUCCACCUCUUCCAACCUUCACGACCUGGAAACCUUCUCUUUGAGCUGCUGGUAUUUGUGGAACGGCUUUGUGAGGGUCGCCUGACUCCCCAGUACCAGUCAGUGAGCUGGCAGUACAAUGAGUCGUCCCUUCAUGAGGUCCUUUUUGGGGACGAUUCCCGCCUAGCCGACCGCCUCCUCUCGCUCAUCAUUCACCCAGAGGAAGAGGUGCAGAUCCAGGCCUGCAGGGUCAUCCUGAAGCUCCAGCUCAACGAGGAAGGGGAGAUGGCUUUCCUCCACAACUAUGAUUCUACCUUCUUUUCUGACUCCAAAAUUGGCAGCUCACUCAUUAAAUCGGGCUGUUAAGCCCUUGUAGGAUUUAAGAGAUAAUUAAAUUAUUUU